AUGAUGUCAUUUCUUAGUUCCGAUGCUGCAUGUCGUUACACAUCACAAGAAAUUAUAAAAAUGCUACAAACAGAUUCUAAAUUAGGUUUAAAUGAUAAUGAAAUUCAAACAAGACGAAAAUAUUAUGGUGAUAAUGAUUUUGAAAGUGAUGAAGAAGAACCUCUAUGGAAAAAAUAUUUAGGACAAUUUAAAGAACCAAUGAUUUUACUUUUACUUGCAUCAGCAUUUAUUUCAUUAGUAAUGAGACAAUAUGAUGAUGCAUUAUCAAUCACUAUAGCUAUUAUUAUUGUUGUUACUGUAGCAUUUAUACAAGAAAAUCGUGCUGAAAAAGAAAUUGAAGCAUUAAAACGACUUAUACCACCUAAAUGUGUUUGUAUACGAGAAGGAAGAAGUCAUCAUAUUUAUGCAAAAGACUUAGUACCUGGUGAUUUAUGUAUCUUAGAAACUGGUGAUCGUAUACCAGCUGAUUUACGUUUAACUGAAGCAAAUGAAUUAUCCGUCGAUGAAUCAUCAUUCACAGGUGAAACAAAACCAUCCAUUAAAACAGUAGAUCCAAUUGAAUUUGGUUCAAAACAAACGUCCAUUAGUGAUCGACGAAAUAUUACAUUUAUGGCUACACAUGUACUUAGUGGAAAUGGAAGAGGUAUUGUGAUAUGUACAGGUGAAAAUUCAGAAUUUGGAAAAGUAUUUAAAAUGAUGCAACAACAAGAAGCACCAAAAACACCAUUACAAAAGAGUAUGGAUGCAUUAGGAAAACAAUUGUCUUUUUAUUCAUUGAGUAUUAUUGGUUUUAUUGUUGUGGUUGGAUGGUUACAGGGUAGACAUCUUCUUGAAAUGUUUACUAUCGGUGUUAGUUUGGCAGUAGCUGCUAUUCCUGAAGGUUUACCAAUAGUGGUAACUGUCACAUUAGCACUUGGUGUUCAACGUAUGGCCAAACGAGAAGCAAUUGUUAAAAGAUUACCCAUUGUUGAAACACUCGGUUGUGUAACAGUGAUAUGCUCAGAUAAAACAGGAACAUUAACAAAAAAUGAAAUGACUGUAACAAAUAUUCUAACAUCAGAUGGAGAAAUGGCUGAGGUUACAGGUUCAGGUUAUAAUGGUGAAGGUGAUGUUCUAUGUAAUCAUGAACGUGUUACUUAUGAUUCUCAUCCAAUAAUUUCAAAAAUAAUUGAAGUCGGUGCUGUUUGUAAUAAUGCUGAAAUUAUUAAUUCACAACUACGUGGCCAGCCAACUGAAGGUGCUUUAAUUGCUGUUGCUAUGAAAAUGAAUCUUCCUCAUCUUCGUGAACAAUUCCAUCGUGAACGUGAAUGGCCAUUUUCACAUGAAAAUAAAUGGAUGGCUGUACAAUGUUCACCAAAAUAUAAUCUAAAUGAAAUACGUUUAUAUGUAAAAGGAUCAAUUGAACAAAUAUUACGAUUAUCUAAACGAUAUAUACAUCAUGGCACAACUAUAGCAUUAAAUGAUGAAAAAGCUCGAGAAUUUAUUAUGGAUUCAAAUCAAAUGGCAGCCAAAGGACUACGAAUUCUUGCUAUGGCAACUGGAACUUCACUUGAAGAUUUGACAUAUGUUGGCAUGGUUGGAAUAAUUGAUCCUGAACGUCCACAAGUUGAAGAAGCUGUUUCUCAAUUGAAAACAGGUGGUGUUAGUGUUAAAAUGAUAACAGGCGAUGCUGAAAAAACAGCUAAAGCAAUUGCUACGCGUUUAAAAAUAUAUAAUGGUACUGAUUUAUCUGUAUCUGGUGAAGAUCUUGAUCAUAUGAGUGCAACUGAUAUUCAACAUAUUGUUUCACAAGCAACAAUAUUUUAUCGUGUUAGCCCAAAACAUAAAGUAAAAAUUGUUACAGCUUUACAAGCACAAGGACAUAUUGUUGGUAUGACAGGUGAUGGUGUGAACGAUGCUGUUGCACUUAAAGCAGCUGAUAUUGGUAUAGCUAUGGGACAAACAGGAACAGAUGUAUGUAAAGAAGCAGCUGAUAUGAUUCUUGUUAAAGAUGAUUUUUAUACGAUAAUGGCAGCGAUUGAAGAAGGUAAAGCAAUAUUUCAUAAUAUAAGAAAUUUUGUACGAUUUCAAUUGAGCACGAGUAUUGCUGCUUUAAGUUUAAUAACACUUUCAACAGUUUUUCAUUUUCCUAAUCCAUUAAAUGCUAUGCAAAUUCUUUGGAUUAAUAUUAUCAUGGAUGGACCACCUGCUCAAAGUCUUGGUGUUGAACCUGUCGAUCAUGAUGUAUUAAAAAAACCACCAAGGAAAGUAACUGAUUCAAUGAUUGAUCGUCCUUUAAUUAUUCAUAUAAUUACAAGUGCAACUAUCAUUGUUGUUGGAACUUUAUGUGUAUUUUAUGCUGAAAUGAGCGAUGGAAAAGUAACACCAAGAGAUACAACAAUGACAUUUACAUGUUUUGUAUUUUUUGAUAUGUUUAAUGCACUAAGUUGUCGAUCACAGACAAAAUUUAUUUUUGAAAUUGGACUUUUCUCAAAUCGAUUUUUUGUUGUUGCUGUAUUUCUUUCAAUUCUGGGACAAUUAGCUGUUAUUUAUUUACCUCCAUUACAAUAUGUUUUUCAAACAGAAGCUCUUAGUGCUGCAGAUUUAUUCUAUCUAACAUGUUUAACAUCAUCUGUAUUUCUUGUUAAUGAAUUCCGUAAAUUAAUCUCGAGAAUUUUUCUCAAACGUCGUAAUAAUCAUAGAAUUAUGGAAAAUAAUCAAUGGAUGGUUUAA